GACAAUCACUGACACAUUACUUAAAAUUUACAUUUUCAUUCAUUGUGUUCCAUUCGAUUUGCAAAAAAUAAUAGUUUUCCAAAAAAAACACCUUAUUGUUUAAUUGUCUUGAACAAUAGUUGUUAAACCUGGCUACAUCUGAAGCAGAUAUUGCCCAUACAAUGGAAGUAGACGUGUAUUCCAUUGCCGAAGGAUCUCGGCUACCACUUAUUGAUGAAACUACGGCUCUUGGAACACAAGCACCAAAAGACAGAUUGAUAGCUGUGCUGGACCAAGUCGAGAUGCGUGUGGAGCGGUUGCGGCGUGAUACAGUACGGAUCGAGGAGGAGAGAGAUUCCCUGUUAUCUACUCUCGACAGCGUCAAGCAUUCUGAACUUUUAAAUGACAUUUCUGACUGUGACCAAGACGACAUAAAGCGUUAUGCGGAGCGCAUCCUGGCGCGCGCCAUGACCGUGGAGGUGGCCGUGCGCACCGACCGCGACCCGCAGCAGGAAGAGGCUUUGCAUCAGGUGAACAUGUUCAUAGACCAAUUAGUGAUGUCCGUGCACGAGGACACGGUGGUCGCGCACACGCGUUGUCAGACGUACAUGAACGCGUGUACUUCUCAGCCCGAUCCCUGCAGUGGAACCGAUAGAAACUUCGAGACCGCUAUACUAGGCUGCACCCUGGAUGACCAGAAACGAAUCAAGAAACGUCUCCAGGGUCUUCUGGAAUACUUUGCAAAGCUCAACGUCACGUCAUACUCGUGAGUGAGGGAAGAUUUCGGUAAUCUUCACAUAUUAUGAGUGUUAAUUUUAUUGCCAGCUUCAUAUCAAUCGUGGACUGGUGUGGAUGUGCCUUUAAAUUUUUAAUCUGUGAAUUUGCUUACAUACUGUUAGAAAUAUGAUUUUUACAUCAAGUUUCAAUGAUCGACACAGUCUCUAUUAUUGAAAUAAUUGCAUUUAUAUUUUCAAUUACUGGAAGUAUAGAAUAUUAUACUUUUACAAUAAUGAAAGUAGAUAAUCUCAUACCUACAUAUUGUAAUUCAAAUGUUUAAGUUAGUGUUGCAUCGAUUUUCGAUACUACGCACAAUAGACUGCUAAUAAUUAUAAUUGUUACAGUUUUAAGUCUAGCCAGUAUUACAUAAAGAGAGAAAACUAAAUCUUUCAAUAAUUUGUAAUAUGUUUAAUAACGCUGAUACCUCGCCUUUCCAUAUUAUUAAAGAAAAAAAUUAUAAUCUUUAAAAUUAGGGCAUAUCCACAUUAACGCCUUUCACUAGCAGCAAUAAAAUCACAAGCUUGUUUAAUAAACAAUUUCGCAAAUCUAAUAUACUUACUUGGUAAUAUGUACCUUUGUUCGAAGUUGUAUAUUGAAGUUCCAGGCUAUGUUAAUGUAAAUUUUAUCGAACAUUUUCUUUUCUUAUUAAAUUAUAUUCAUAACCUAAAGCUAUAAAUGUGUCAAAUGACAUUUCUUUUUAGGAAAUAUUUGAUGUUCUAUGGUUUAUGGUAGAAAUGCAUAAUGCAAAUAAUUUCUUUUUUGUUUCUUUAUAUUACUAUGUAUAACAUAAAUUUAUGGAUUUGAAGAAGAAAAAUUUUGAGUAUAUAAAUUAAUAAAAACUUGUAUUUAAAAUUAAAUCUUCAAGGGAGUGAAAUCUUGAUCUUGAUGACGUGAUAUUAAUUAUAAAUGCUAGGACGCUAAAAACUGUUUCAAAUUGUCUGUUUGUUAUCGCUCUGAAGAUGAUCUGCCAAUUAUAUAAAUAGGUAACAAAUUCUAAUCCCAAUGUAUUAGUCAAUCUGAUUUGUUAAAAUAUUUGAUAUUUUUAAAUUUUAUGGACGAAAAUUAACAGAAAUAUUUGUUUGUAAGACUGUGGACAUUCUUAUUGGACUUUCCAAUCGAAUAAUCCGAUAAAAUAGAAUAAAAUUUGCAGUCCAAUAAAAGUAAAAUUAGAGAUUUAUACGAUUUUCCUUGUGCUAUUUUUGAUUUAAUAAUGUUCAUGAAUUUUAAACAAUGAUAAAUAAAAAUUAAAGUUUUUUUUCUUAUAUAAAGUUGAUAUAAUAUAAAAUCUAUGUUAUCUGUCCAGAUCGGGGGGGUUUAGAUUUAAAAUCUGUGAUAUCUAUCAGAAUAGAGUCGCAUUAUAUCGUCUAACGAUUUUAAGACUGAUUAGAAGCCACAUAUUGCGAAUUGUGCCACAGUUAAUAUAUAAUACUAAGAUAUAUUGUAAUUGGCAGAUCACUUGAGAAGUGGUGAUUAAAGGGGUUUCCCCUAAGUGUU